UGACGGAUUUCAUGUGAGCAUGGUUCACACGUUUGAAGGGGGGAGUAGCUGGUUUAAAUGUAUUAUUUUACUUUGGACAAAUAAAAAUUAGUAGUUCGCUGGAAAAAUUACAUCGAAAAGAAUACGUGAGCAUUAAAAAUAUUGCGAGCGCAGUUGACAAUACUCAAUGUCAGGAGAAAUACUGCGCAAGCCAAAUACACUUUUUCACGCUUAAACAUCGCCAAACAUUGGCAGCUAUUAAUACAGCAGACCCGCACAGAAUCACACGCUAUGGAGACUAAAGAGGCCACAGACAGCUGUGAUACAGACAACACGGUUAGAACACACAGCGGUAAACGUAAAAACGUCGAGACAGAUGAGGCAGCAAGACAAGACAGCGGUAAGAAGCGAAAGAAGGGUGGCAAACAGCUGCGUCACGGAGAAAGGUACGUUCCCCCACCACAAAAACGCAAUCCAGGCGUGAGUUUCAACCAAGAACAUUUUGCAGAAACCUCGUAUUAUUUUGAAGGCAGACUUCGCAAAGUGCAUCCUUAUUAUUUUGAUUUUAAGACUUACUGUAAAGGACGCUGGAUCGGUAAAACUCUCUUUGAGGUUUUCAAGAGUGAAUUUCGAUCCGAGUCUAUGGACUACUACGAUAAAGCAGUCAAAGAGGGGCGCAUUAGACUGAAUGAAAUACCAGUGGAUGACCUAAACAUAACACUCAAGAACAAUGACUAUUUAAGGAACACAGUGCAUCGCCAUGAGCCCCCUGUGAGUGGGCAGCCCUUGGAGGUUUUGGUAGAUGAUGGUGAAGUUGUGGUGGUAGAUAAGCCUGCUUCACUACCGGUACAUCCCUGUGGUCGCUACCGUCAUAAUACGGUCAUCUUCAUUCUGGGAAAAGAGAAAGGCCUUAGUGGUCUCCACACAGUACAUCGACUUGAUCGCCUCACUUCAGGUGUGUUGCUGUUUGCUCGUACACUGGAGGUCUCCAAAAAACUGGACGCAAUGGUACGUGAGAGACAGUUAGAGAAAGAGUAUGUCUGUCGAGUAGACGGGGAGUUUCCUGAGGGUGAGGUGGUGUGUGAGGAACCCAUACUGGUAGUGUCCUUCAAGGUGGGCCUCUGCAGGGUGGAUCCCAAAGGCAAAGAAUGCCGCACAGUCUUCCAGAGGCUGAGCUAUAAUGGACGCUCCAGUGUAGUGCGCUGUCUGCCGCUUACAGGCCGUACUCACCAGAUCCGAGUUCAUCUUCAGUUCCUUGGCUUCCCGAUCCUCAACGAUCCCAUCUAUGGGUCUUCUGCAUGGGGUCCGAACAGAGCCAAAGGAGGGUUGGUGGGAAUGAGCAAUGAGGAGAUUCUAGAAGCCCUUAUAGAAGAGCAUUGUGCCAAGGAGAGUUUGCACUUGUUGGAUUUACCUGAUGAAGUGAUCUCAGGAAAGCAAAGACCAAAGACGGAGUGUAGUGAUUGUGCACAAGAACAUAAUGUCCAAUCGAAAACUGUACCUGGAUCAAGCAGUGUUGUGUGUGAUGACAGUACUUGUAAAGUGCCACUGCUUGAAGGGAAGGCAGAAGACAGCCAACAAGGUAACAUUAGAUCUGCAAGUGAAACUGAGGUCGAGAUGAAUGGCGCACAGAAAGAAAAAAACUCUGUCUCAGAUGAAUCCUCUAAAACUUUGAAAUCAACUACUUUUGUUAGAGAUAAUUUAUGUGGCGAGUGUAAAAUUGUGAGGCCUGACCCAACGGAGAAGGAUUUGAUUAUGUAUCUACAUGCAUUGCGCUACAAAGGACCUGACUUUGAAUAUUCAACCAAACUGCCUGACUGGGCCAAAGAAGACUGGGUGCUGGAGUAAACAAGAAUCAAACGUAUUCAUCAAACAUUUGUUACCUGAUAUCACAGUACAAUAAUGUGGUUUUUAAAAAAAAGCCCCCUUCUAGUACUGAAUGUAUUCGGUAUGAAUUGGAAGUUAUUUUAUUUUCCCAUUUUUGGGUGAUAUAAUUUGUAUUACACUGUACUGUGGUGCAAUUGGAAUUUUAUUUUACCUCCUUUGUUUUGAAAAGUACAUCCUCUCAUCUGACAUGAACACACAGCAAUAAAUUGUUUUAAAAAGGAAAUCUUCUCAUCUGACAUGAACACACAGCAAUAAAAUUGGACUUAAUAUUUGUGGGAAUGAA